GGUGAAAUUUUCAACUGUUAUGGACCAAAUUGCAAGUUGAUGUCAUAUCGAGAACGUCAGGAUACUUUGAGAUUGCAAUAUAACUUUCAUUGCAAAUGCGCCAAAUGCUUAGAUAAAAACGAUGAAUUUCGGUUCAACAAUUCUGUCCUUUGUCGAUUCUGCAAUCAGCGACUUUUCUAUCCAGAUAAGAAAAUUACUGGCGAUGAUCCUUAUGACGAUAACGAAGACGAUCGUGAUGAUUAUUUACUCAAAUGUUAUGAUUGUAAUAAAGUCCAUGAAAACGAAGCAAUGAAAGCUUUCUUCACCCUUCUUGCACAUCAAUCUGAAGAAAACCGACCCAUAACAAUGGAUCAGGUGUUUGGAAAUUAUGUGGGAGCUGUAAAGGGACUUGGAACGUUGGAUGAAAUUCGCUUUCAUAUGACCGAAAUGAUGCUUCAUACACUGAUCACAAAUCGUGAUGCCAUAAAAUCUCAUAAUGCCAGUAUUCCGCUUGAAUUAUCAAUUGAACUGAUGAAUGUGAAGGAAGAACUUUACGGUCAAUACAGCUUAGAGUUUGUUGAAGCUGGUUUUUUCUUUCUUGAUGUUAUUUCAAUUCUUACCGACAAGAAUAUUUUAAGUAAAUUUAACGACAACAAAAUUGAUUUGGAACCAAUGAGAAAACUUAACAGCGCUGUUGACAUUUGCUCAUCAAAUAUACGUGCAACUAUACGAGACUACAUUAAACGUUACUGCUAUUCAUGUGUGGGUGAUUAA